AUGGCCGACGUCACCAGUUACUGCAAUGAUUACUGCGUGCUGUGGCCUACCAUGCUGAGUAUCAUCUACGGAGUAAAGUCAAAGCGCGCACGAAUUGUUGCAUCACCUGGUGACAUAUGGAAUGUACUUGACGCGAAUCUUCUUCCCAAGUGA